AUAACAGCCGCAAGCGUAGUCACGAUGAUCCUGAUCUCUAAGGAAGUAACCACCAGUAACACCAUUUCCAACCAUAAUUUUCAACUGAAAGACACCGCAAGCAUUGCACAAACCAUUUUGGCGCCAUUCCGGGUGUUGAAAGCGAUGUGGCGGAGCGGUGGUGAUGCAGACCAUCCAAUGCACACUUGCCUGUACUAUGUUCGCGCCUAUAUUCGGCUACUUGGGCUUUGGCCAGCACCGCGCACUGCGGAACAACCGCUUUACUAUGCGUAUAAUAUGCUAAUUAUGACGCUUUUCGGUGUCUUUGUGGCGACCAUAACUUGCGAUCUUUAUGAGGCGAGCGCCGAUUUUGUGCUGUUGGGCGAAGACCUGGUGGUCGCUCUGGGUCUAUACUUGAUUCUCUUCAAAAUGAUGCUCUUUCGCUUCAGAAAGGCGGAAAUCGUCAGUAUAGUUGAGGAAUUCGAUAAUCUCCAUGGUAAAUAUGUGCAUGCUCCGACGCAUAUCUGUAGCAAUCGACGCAUACGCGAAUGGCAGCGCAGCUUCUUCAUCGGUGAAAUGUUUUUGGUCUAUGGUUUUCUCAUUCUAAGCCUACUACUUUUAGCGGCUAUGAGCUUACAACCACUUUUCUCACACCAAGAAUUGCCUUUCAGAUCGAAAUUCCCUUUUGGACUAAACAAGCCCGAGAAGCAUCCCAUCGCUUUCCUGUGCAUUUAUGCUUUUCAAUGUUUUUGUUGUUGUUACAUGUUGGUUUCCAUAGUGGCCAUGGAUUCGCUAACUGGCAGUUGCUUCAAUCAGAUAACCUUGAAUUUGCGUAUUUUGUGCGAGAACAUUCGAUAUUUGGGGGCUGAUGCUGGCGGCAAUUGUUUCUCGACAUCGGAAGGGAUUGUGUGGCGUGAGUUGAGAGUAGCUGUGGAAUUUCACCAGAAAAUUAUUGGACUGAUCAACCGCCUCAAUCAGGUUUUCUAUUGGAAUUACAUCCCACAAAUGGGCGCAAGCACUUUUAUGAUUUGCCUGACAGCCUUUGAGGCUCUCUUGGCACAAGACCAGCCCAUGGUUGCCUUGAAGUUCCAGAUGUAUAUGUUCUCUGCUUUUAUGCAGCUCUUCUACUGGUGCUCGAUGGGCAACAGGACUUACUACGAUUCAAUGGAAGUGGCCACAGCAGCCUAUGAGGUACACGCGUGGUACGAUCACUCGCCGCGCCUCCAACGCAAUCUGAUGUUCAUUAUUAAACGCGCUCAGAAACCUUUAGAGUUUCGGGCGAAACCUUUAUUUGGCUUCACAUUUGCAUCAUUUACGAGUAUUCUGAGCACCUCCUAUUCCUAUUUCGCUUUGCUGCGCACAAUGAGUGAUUAAUGGAGUGAUGAUUCUUAAUAUAUGC